AUGGAGGAAAAUCAUAAUAAGAACAAGGGAGUUGCCGCAAAUUGCAGUAGUGAUGAUGACGUUGAGAAAUAUGUCAAUUCGCUUCCAGUUGGGUAUCGAUUCGCACCUCAUGAUGAUGAGCUGAUUCUUGACUACUUACUGAAAAAGAUCAAGAAACUUCCCUUGCCUCGUAACAGGAUUCAUGAGGUUGAUUUGUAUAAAUAUAGCCCUCGAAAGCUCACUGAAAUCUAUAAACUGAAUAGAGCAAGAGAAACCGAGUGGUACUUUUUCACUGCGAGGGAGAAAAAAUACCCAAAUGGGUCUAGACCGAAUCGAAGUGCGGGAGAUGGAUUUUGGAAGCCUACAGGAACUGAUAAAGCCAUCCCAAAUAACAAAAAUCCUGUUGGUUUUAGAAAAUCUUUGGAUUAUUGUUCAGGGAAGCAAGGUGAAGGAAGGAAAACGGACUGGAAGAUGCAUGAGUAUUUGGUUAAUCCAAAGCUUGUUUCUUCAACUACUACUUCCAGACCCAAAAACCCAUUGCAACCUAUGCUGUUGGAUGAAUGGGUUCUUUGCAAGAUCUACAAAACCAAAGCAAAAAGAAAGAAAAACAAUAAUGAUGAAGAUGGAGGGAUUGCUGUAAAUUCAGAAACAAAAAUCCCAAAAGCUGAUGAUUCCAUUGCACAGCCUCCAGAGUAUGAUAAUUCUUUGAUGAUUUUCGAAGAAAACGAGAAUGGUUUUGGGUCUUCUUAUCCUCCUCAUCUAACAUUGAAUAACUUUGUCUAUGAUCCUUCACCAAUGAACAACACAUUUAAUCAUAACUUCAACUAUGAUCCUCCACCAGUGAACAACACAUUCAGCAAUAGCUUUGUUGUCUAUAAUGUGCCACCAAUCCAAUCCUAUCUCCCUUCUUCUUAUAGCUGCGACUUUCAACCCAUCUAUGGAUGUGGAGAUCUAGUUUGUUAUAGUGAUUGCAUGGAGAUGCCCACCAUAAAUAAUCAUCAAUCAAUGCCAACUGAGGAAUCAAUUCCUUCUCUCCCACCUGUUCAAUCCAUCUAUGGAUAUAGAGAUCAAGUUUGCUAUAGCGACUGUAUGGAGAUGCCCACCAUGAAUAAUCAUCAAUCAGUGCCAUCUGAGGAACCAAUUCCUUCUGUCCAACCUGACUUAAAAUUGGGUGCUCAACCUAGCUCUUCAAGAUCUGCCUAUUCUUAUUUGAGAGUCUCGUGA